UCCUCUUCUCCCCCCGUCCCGUCCUGACCUCUCGUCUCGUCUCCUUCCUUGGCCUCCCUCUCUCAACGACGAGCUCUAGGAAGAGAGCUUGGGCUCUGGUGGCUCCCGUACAGCUGCUGCUGUAGCGGCCUUCUCCUUCUCUGGGGAGUCAGAUUUCGAAGCUGCCUGGAGAUGGCCUCUUUGCAGGAGAACGCGAUGGCAACCGACGAGGAUCAUCAUCGCAACAACCAUCUCAGCUCCCACGGCACAGGCCAAGACCACGUGCCAAAGGCGCGCAAGCCCUACACCAUCACCAAGCAGCGGGAGAAGUGGACCGAGGAGGAGCACAAAAGGUUCCUCGAAGCCCUGCAGCUGCACGGCCGCGCAUGGCGCCGGAUACAAGAGCACAUCGGCACCAAGACGGCCGUGCAAAUCCGGAGCCACGCGCAGAAGUUCUUCACCAAGGUCACCCGAGAGUCGUCCGGCAACAGCACCGGCUCGGGCGCGGCGGCGCCGACGGCGGCGAUCCAGAUCCCGCCGCCGCGGCCCAAGAGGAAGCCGGCGCACCCGUACCCGCGAAAGGCGGACGACGGCACGGCGGCCGGUGGCGGUACUAAGCACGUGCCGGGGCUCACGCGGCUGGAGAGGCCUCCCGUGCGGACCCAGUCGCUGUGCGAGUCUCAGGAGGAGGAGGGAUCGCCGACGUCGGUGCUGGCCGCUCCCCGGGCUGGAGCGGGGGGCUCGGGUGGCCGGUUCUCCAAGAAUAAUUCAGGCGGCGGCAGCAGCUCGCUGGUUCCGUCGGCCGCCGCUUCCGGCUCCGGCUACGGCUCGCUGGCCUCGUCGGCGGACAGAGGGGACGGGUCCCUCUCGCCAAAUACCAAGGCGUCAGAGUACACUGGAAACAGUGAUGUCAAAGGAGUACCAUGUCCAGCAGGAUCAGAGACAUCAGUCCUUAAGCUAUUUGGUAAGAGUGUCACGGUGAAGGAUUCGUAUCAGAAGCCGAAAGCUAGCACGGGUAACCCGCAGAACGGCGGGGACCUCGAAACUGAAGCUGCAGCAGAUGAUACAACUACGCAAGGAAGCAGAAACCUACCUUCUGGUGGGGCUGCAGGAGGAAGCUCAUGGAAUCCGUGGCCGAGUAACAUGCAGCAGUUUGUGUAUUUUGUUCCUCAAUCGGACAGUUUCACCACGCAAUCUGCCAUGCCAUGGUUCAGCUACAACGGGACCCUGCCUGGCGCGAUGUUCUACCAGCAGGCCGUGGCUUCAAGUCAGCACCACAGCCAUCGUUCCGAGGGUGCUGAUCACAAAAUCAUGCAGAGGGAAGGAUCCUGGACAGGCUCAAACACAGGCACUGGAUCAGCAGCUCAGAAUUCGGAUGCUACCGACUCUCGAGGGCGAGGAAACAGCAGCGAGAGCGACACGACGCCUCUGCCACGGCUAACAAAGUGUGAGAGCUCGGUUUCUGUCAGCCUGCAGAGAGGUUUUGUGCCAUACAAGAGAUGCACGGUUGAGAGCGAGUCGCUGCGAUCUGAGGCGCCCAGAGAGGAGGCCGACGGUGAGCUGACGAGGCUCUGCUUGUGACACCCGAAGCUUCAACGCGCUCUUCACAUUUUAGAUGUUUGCUAGUUUUGCUCUGGAUUCUUGAGCUGGUGGUUCAGAGAGCUGAUCUGCAGUGGGAAGAAGCGACUCCUCAUCCUGCUGCUUUUACCUGUCGUCGGUAUGUUGCACUUCUCUGAAGCAGCUCGAAGCCACACUAGAUUGAGCAAUUCUGGUUCUUGCUCGUGAAUAUUUAUAGAUGGAAUCUGUAGCAUCCAUGAUUUUCUUUUCUACAGUGUGUCUGCAAUUUUCCCCCAAAUCGGGAGGUUCGGAGUCCAGCGUUGUUGCCUGUAGCAGCCUGGACCCGAGAGAGGGUUGCCAUAGUCUGACUGCAUGUAAGCUAGGCUUGUAUCAUAACUCUCUAGUCUGCAUUCUGUGAAACAUACAUAUGACGAGCACAAGACGAACAAACGUCGAAUGCUUUGUAAAUUGGAGUAUAACAUUACUUGGAAUCUGAUAUAAAUUGCAGCUUCAGCCUUC